AUGCCGCGACCCUCGCGUGAAUCGUACGGCGACCAGAAGCCCCCGUACUCGUACAUCUCCCUGACGGCGAUGGCGAUCUGGAGCUCCCCGGAGCGCAUGCUGCCGCUGUCGGAGAUCUACCGGUUCAUCACGGACCGCUUCCCGUACUACCGGCGCAACACGCAGCGCUGGCAGAACUCGCUGCGGCACAACCUCUCCUUCAACGACUGCUUCGUGAAGGUGCCGCGCCGCCCGGACCGGCCCGGCAAGGGCGCCUACUGGACGCUGCACCCGCAGGCCUUCGACAUGUUCGAGAAUGGCUCACUGCUUAGGAGGCGCAAGAGGUUCAAGCUGCUCAAAGGAGAUAAAGAUAAUCUGAAUGCAGAGUUAGCGGCGCUAGCAAGUUUCAAUAGAGCAUUUCUAGCAAGACAAGCGAGUGCACCGCCUCCUCCACCAGCAAUACCAAGUGCUAGUCUAUACACGCCACCACUGGGUCCACAGCUGAGCCCAGAGCCAGCAGAACUACCCGAAGCGGCAACCAUCACAAUGUUACCGCGUGAAAGACCACGAAGAGACUUCACAAUCAAAUCAUUGCUAGAGCCAGAUUCACCACGGCUAUCGCCGUCGCCUCCUCAUCCGGUGCUGAUGCCCAUACCUCGGUUGGAGGCUUCCUAUGUGGCGGCUGCGCAGCGCUACCACGCCGAGCUGCUGGCGGCGGCGCACGCGCUGCGCCCCUGCUACCUGACGCCGCCGCCGCCGCUGCCCGUCGCGUGA